AUGAGACUCACGUAUUAUGCCGUCGUAUGCCUACUAUACUCGGUUGGUGUGCACUGCCUUCCAGCUGCUCCAGAGGCGACAAACGUAACAGAAACGGGAAGGGCACCGAAACCUUGCCCAUGGCCUCAACAAUCAGUCCCUCUUCUCCGCGGCUACAGUCCUUCCGUCCACGAUCACUUUUAUACGACAGACGGCUACGAAAUGUAUGAAGCUACAACCAGUGCCGGAUAUUUUAACACAGGGGCUGCCGGACGCGUCUUCAAGACCCAAGUAGGCGAUACGGGCCCUUUGUACCGUUUGUGGGGCGAACAGGAUUCAGACCACUUCUAUACGACUUCGGGCGAUCUCCGGGAUGUCAUGAUCAAGCGCUUGGGCUAUACAGACGAGGGGGUGGCAGGAUAUGUAUUCCUGAAGCAAUACUGCGGGAGCGUCCCUCUGUACAGGCUGUAUAACCACAAGCUCUCGGAUAAUUUCUACACGACCGAUAUUAGGGAAUACGACGAGUAUAUCAGGUAUAGAGGCUAUGUUGAUCAGGGAAAGGCAGCCUUCGUGUUGAUAUGA